AUGUACGGCGGCGACGAGGUCUCGGCCAUCGUCAUCGACGUGGGCUCCUACAGCUGCAAGGCCGGCUACGCGGGCGACGACACCCCCAAGUCCGUCUUCCCCUCGGUUGUUGGUUCAAUUGAACAAGCGGAAGAUACCGAUGAAGCUAAGCCAGAGAAGGAGGCUGACUCUGCAUCAGAUCCUAAGAAUGGAUCCAAGCCUAUGGAUGUGGACAAAGCGAAGAAAAACCGCAAAUUUUAUGUAGGUCAAGAAUUAGAAUUCAGGAGGGAUCAUAUGGAGGUGAUCUCACCGAUGAAAGAUGGAACAGUUACGGAUUGGGAUGUUGUUGACAACAUAUGGAAUCAUGCUUUUAGACGGCGGCUAUUGAUCAAUCCUGAAGAGCAUCCUAUGCUCAUAGCGGAACCAUCUAUAAACAGUGCACAGCAAAGAGAGAAAGCAGCAGAACUUAUGUUUGAGAAGUACAAAGUGCCAGCGCUGUUCCUAGCAAAAAAUGCAGUUCUCACAUCUUUUGCAUCUGGACGUGCUACAUCUCUAGUGGUUGACAGUGGUGGUGGGUCUACUGUGGUUUCUGCUGUGCAUGAUGGUUAUGUUUUGCAAAAGUCUGUGGCAACUUCUCCGAUUGGUGGUGAAUUUUUAACUGACUGUAUGAUGAAAAGCUUGGAGAGCAAGGGCGUUGUUAUCAGGCCCCGGUAUUCAUUCAAGAAGAAGGAAGUGAGCCCUGGAGAUUAUAAGGUUGUAGACCUUGAUUUUCCAAACACCACGGAUAGUUACAGGUUGUACCACAUGAGAGCUAUUGCUAGUGACAUCAAGGAGACGGUUUGUAGAGUUCCAGAUACUCCUUUCGAUGAAGUGGCAUAUGCAAAUGUUCCUACAACUUCAUAUGAGCUUCCUGAUGGGCAAACUAUCGAAGUUGGUGCAGAGAGAUUCAAGAUUCCUGACAUUUUGUUCAACCCAUACCUUUCUCAGACUAUUCCUGGGAUCGAUGGAUUUGGAGAUUCCACUUCGAUUCGUGGACUUCCACGAAUGGUCCUUGAGAGUGUAAAUAGGUGUGAUGUUGACAUUCGCAAGGAGCUACUCAGCAGCAUCUUGCUUUCUGGUGGCUCAUCAUCAAUUCUGCAGUUAAAGGACCGUCUAGAAAAAGAAGUACUGGAGGAGUCCCCUCAAAAUGCUCGUGUAAAGGUUUUGGCAAGUGGAAAUUCAACAGAGAGGCGAUUCAGUGUCUGGAUUGGAGGGAGCAUCCUUGCAUCCCUUGGGUCGUUCCAGCAAAUGUGGUUCUCCAAGGCAGAGUACGAGGAGCACGGCGUUUCCUAUAUCCAGAGGAAAUGCCCAUGA